GGGCACCUGGGACCAACUUCGUGAAGCGGGGAGCCAGCCGGGGGGGUGGGGGGAGCACAAGACUUUCGGCCUCGGCCCCUCCAAAGAGCCGAGAGAUGACCGGGAAAGCGGGGGAAGCGCUGAACAAGCCCAAAGCCGAGACAGUGGCCAAGAGUACCUCGGGGAGCGCCCCGGCCAGGUGCACCGGGUUUGGCAUUCAGGAGAUCCUGGGCUUGAACAAGGAGCCCCCCAGCUCCCACCCGCGUGCUACCCUCGACGGUCUGGCCCCCGGGCACUUGCUGGCUGCGCGCUCCGUGCUCAGUCCCGCAGGAGUGGGCGGCAUGGGGCUACUGGGGCCCGGGGGGCUCCCCGGCUUCUACGCACAGCCCACCUUCCUGGAAGUGCUGUCCGACCCGCAGAGCGUCCACUUACAGCCGCUGGGCAGAGCGUCGGGGCCGCUGGACACCAGCCAGACGGCCAGCUCGGAUUCUGAAGAUGUUUCCUCCAGCGACCGAAAAAUGUCCAAAUCGGCUUUGAACCAGACCAAGAAACGGAAGAAGCGGCGACACAGGACAAUCUUUACCUCCUACCAGCUAGAGGAGCUGGAGAAGGCAUUCAAUGAAGCCCACUACCCUGACGUCUAUGCCCGGGAGAUGCUGGCCAUGAAAACGGAGCUGCCCGAAGACAGGAUACAGCAGGUCUGGUUCCAGAACCGCAGAGCCAAGUGGAGGAAGCGGGAAAAGUGCUGGGGCCGAAGCAGCGUCAUGGCCGAGUAUGGACUCUACGGGGCCAUGGUGCGCCACUCCAUUCCCCUGCCGGAGUCCAUCCUCAAGUCCGCCAAGGACGGCAUCAUGGACUCCUGCGCCCCGUGGCUGCUGGUUCAAGAUGGCUUUCCCAGGCGCUUUUCUAAACCCGAAUACCAACAAUUCUUUUUAGGGAUGCACAAAAAGUCGCUGGAGGCGGCAGCCGAGUCAGGGAGGAAGCCCGAGGCGGAGCGCCAGGCGCUGCCCAAGCUCGACAAGACGGAGCCGGAGGAGCGGGGUACCGAGCCCCCCGCUGCCAUGUCCCAGGAGGAACUGAGGGAAAACAGCAUCGCCGCGCUCCGAGCCAGAGCGCAGGAGCACAGCACCAAGGUGCUGGGGACUGUGUCCAGCCCCGACGGCCUGGUCCGCGGCGCCGAGGAGCCGGAGCGAGAGGAGGCCGCGGACGAAGAUAGGCCGGCGGAGAGGCUGAGUCCAGCGCGGCUCGAGGACGUGGCUUAGGCCAAGGGUGCGCGCAGACGCUGGAGCCCCAGGACUCUCCUCUCCUCGGGGGCCUGUGGUGUGCGAGGUGUUCUCCCAGGCGAGGCCCGGGCCCCGCAGGCCCUCCGUGCACCACCCCCCAGGUGACUCCAGGCACAACUCGGUUGUGGCUGGGGCUUUGGGCCACGCUGAGACAUCCCUACCUAGUUCUGACCUGUCCAGCACCUUCCUCAUCCUCACAGCCCUGCCUCAGAAGCCUUCCUGCUGCCCCAGACCACCCCCUCAGGCUGCUUCCACUCAGUUCUUCGACUACUCUCACUGUCUGAAUCCACCUCUGGUCUCUUGCUCCAAAGCGCCCUCCUUCCCAGCUCUGUAGCCACCGGUGGAUUCUGUUCUGCCCAGACCCAAAGCUCUCAGCUGCAAAUACUGCCACCGCGGCCCCAGGGACGGAGAACCUGCUCUCCACUCUGGUGUCCGGAGCGCCUCAGCCCCCCAGCAGAACUCUGCUCCCCCUUCCGCAGUGUGGGUGUCCUGUCCUGCCAGCCUCCGGUCACAACCUCUGCCUGCCUCCACCACUGGGGCCCAGCUUCCAGAUUAUACUUGGAAAGCCUCGGCCUUGGGCCCCUCGGCCAGCCUUCAUGUCAUGCCCUUCAGAGUCAGCGUCAGGAACCCGCCCUCCACACCCAGCCUGUCCCACUGUUCCUCCCCGCAAAGAUGCCAGGGUCACGGCGGGGGGGUGGGGGGGGGGUGUACAAUACCUGCAGUGAGGCCAUGGCGGGCCCUGCAGCCAGGGGGCACCUCUCACAGGUGCUGUAGCUACUGCCCCUUUGGGAAGCCAAAUCCUCCAGCCGGGACCCUUGGGUAUGUGUUCUGGAACAUCCUGACCUCUGAUACCCUGCUUGUGACCCUGACUUGCUGUGCAAGGCAUCCUUCCCCUAGAGCUUCUUGCAAAUUACUGGCUUGCUUGUGCCCUGCCUUGGAGCCACCCAAUCCAGCUGUAAAAUGAACACACAGGAAACCACACAUCUUGACUCAACUUAUCCAGGUCAUUCCUGGAGUGGGCCUGGGGCUAUAAAUAGGCAUCAUGAGUUGAUCACAAGAAAGGCUUGAGAAAAGCUGAAAGGAGAGUAGGGGAGGAGCCAGUGUUAGACCCAAACUAUAGGCACGCACUCCUUCAGGCCAGCUGUGAGCCGUGGGGCGUGUUCUCUAGUCAGGCAGUGAUGGUGUUGGAAGAGGGGACGGGGUUUCUUCCUGUCUGCUGAUGGGAGGACUCAUCCAUACUGAUGGCAUCUUUGCAACGGUCCCUUCCACCCCCAGGCCAGACGCAUGUCCCCCUCACUCCCAUGGAUUUUUCUCUAUCAUCCCACCCACCUUUGCGGGGAAUCCCUUGCAAGAGAAAGGCCUGAGACAGUGAGUUGGGAUUUUAAUUUCAUAUCAGAAGUUGAUUUCUUAUUCAUUCCAUUCAUGGACCUUUCCCCCAGUUCUUCUUGUCUUUGUCUCCUUUUGGUUUGAAGAGUUAGAUGGUAGCCCCUGGUGUGUAAAUAAUGUACAUAGAGUCAGAAGAAAGAAACUUGAUAUUGAAGUGUUUGAAAUAUGGAACUGUAAUAACUUCUAGGUAUUCAAACCUGUGAUUUCUGUGCCAUUUUCUGUAAAGAUACAAGUAAGAAUAAAAUUGAUGUAAAAACA